AUGGCAGGUGAUUUCGCUUUCAAUAAUGUACCCAACCAUACAGCUGCAUCAUGGUGGAAUGAUCCAGGAUUACGAAAGUUGGUCUUUUUCAUGGCCAUUUGUACCAGUUCAGCCAUUGGAAGUGGUGUCGACGGAUCUUUAAUUAAUGGGUUACAGAUCAUUCCUCAAUUCAAUGAGAAUUUGGGUGAUAUAUCCGAUAAUUACUUGGGACUGGUCAUUGCUUCAUUUUCGUUGGGUGCUUUGCCUGCGUUACCGAUUUCAGCUUAUUGCAUGGAUCGCUUUGGAAGACGAUCGUCACUCGCUUUAGGAUGUAUAUUAGUUAUAGUUGGAGGUAUCGCACAAGCUUUCACUCAUGGCCCAGGUGCUUUCUUGGGAUCAAGAUUCAUAAUUGGAUUUGGAAUUGCUCUGACUGGAACUUCAGCUCCUACUCUAUUGAUGGAACUCUCUCAUCCUAGAAUGAGGGGUCAAGCAAGUUUACUGUAUAAUUGUUCAUGGUAUAUCGGGGCAACGAUAAUUGGUUGGUGUACUUUCGGUACAUUGUUCUGGUCUGGAAGUUGGUCAUGGAGAAUGCCUUGUUUAUUCCAAAUCUUCCCCGAAGUCAUACUUCUUAUAGUUACCCUCUUCCUUAUGCCUGAAUCACCUAGAUGGUUGGUAUCGAAAGGUCGAAACGAACAAGCUUUGAAAACUUUAGCUAAGUAUCAUGCCAAUGGCGAUGCCAACGAUGCACUCGUUCAACUUGAAUACAAUGAAAUUACAGAGGCUCUUGAAGCAGAAAAAUCAAGUCAACAUGGUACUUCUUACUUGACCUUUUUCAAGACAAAAGGUAAUAGACAUAGACUUUUGAUUUGUGUGUUGGUCGGUUUCAUGUGUCAAUGGUCUGGAAACGGUAUCGUGACAUAUUACUUAUCACCAAUCUUGACUGCUGCUGGAGUGACAUCAUCCUCGACGCAAGCAUUAAUCAACGUUUGUAUCAAUAUAUGGAAUUAUCCUUGGGCAAUAGCAGGUGCUCUUUCAGCAAAUAAAUUAGGUAGAAGACCUUUAUUCUUCAUUUCAACAGGUGGAAUGUUACUUUGUUAUAUCAUUAUAACAGCUUUAGCCGCUGAAUUUGAGAAAACUGCAAAACCUUCCAUCGGUUAUGCUCAAGUCGCUUUCUUGUUCUUCUUCUUCGCAUCAUACGAUUUCGGAUUCACAGGUCUUCAGUCGGCUUAUCCUAUUGAAGUUUUACCUUAUUCCCUUAGAGCAAAAGGUUACUCAAUCACUCAAUUCUGUAUUUACGUCGCAUUGUUCUUCAACCAAUAUGUCAAUCCAAUUGGACUAUCAGCAAUAGGGUGGAAGUAUUAUAUUGUAUAUGAUGUGAUUUUAGUCGUUUUCCUAGUUCUUCAAUUUUUUCUCUUCCCCGAGACCAAAGGAAGAACAUUGGAAGAGAUUAAAGAGAUCUUUGACAACACUUCUCUUGAAUCAGCAGAAAGAGCACAAGAGAAUCUAGGUGACUUGAAUGACGAAGAAGGUGAAAAGAAACAAGGCGAACACAACUUUGUUGAGAACAUCCCCAGCAGAGUCUAG